CCUGCCACCUGGAUGCUGGCAUGAGUCUCACCAGGGACAGCCAUGCCCACCAAGAGCUGCCAAGGGACAGGGAUGAGGCUGCUCCUGUGCACAGUCUGAGCUGGGCAUGAGGCAUCUCUGCCAGGACAUGAGCUGUCUCUCUGGGAAGAUUUUAGAGGUCAUGGUGGUGAAUUUUCCUCCAAACACAUCUGGAUGGAGCUGAAGGGCUGUUACCUGGCGAGGGAAGAGUCAGAAGGGCUUGUCCCCACUGCAGCAGAGUGGCAGGCAAAUGACACAAUGGCGUCUUUGGGGUCCCUGGAUAGGAGGCAGCAUUUCCACACCCUGACUGUCCUUGUCGUGCCACCAGGUAUCCCACCACCGCAGCCAUGGCAAACAAAGGGCCAGCCUAUGGCAUGAGCAGGGACGUGCAGUCCAAGAUCGAGAAGAAGUACGAUGACGAGCUGGAGGACCGGCUGGUGGAGUGGAUCGUGGCACAGUGCGGGGCUGCCGUGGGACGUCCUGAGCGGGGCCGCCUGGGCUUCCAAGUCUGGCUGAAGAAUGGCAUUGUGCUCAGCAGGCUGGUGAACAGCCUCUACCCCGACGGCUCCAAGCCCGUCAAGAUCCCCGAUGCGCCGCCCACCAUGGUCUUCAAGCAGAUGGAACAGAUUGCCCAGUUCCUGAAGGCAGCCGAGGACUAUGGUGUGGUCAAGACAGACAUAUUCCAGACCGUGGACCUGUUUGAAGCCAAGGACAUGGCAGCGGUGCAGAGGACGCUGAUGGCCCUGGGGAGCCUGGCAGUCACCAAGAACGACGGGAACUACCACGGGGACCCCAACUGGUUCAUGAAGAAAGCGCAGGAGCACAAGCGGGAGUUCACCGAGAGCCAGCUGAAGGAGGGCAAGAACAUCAUCGGGUUACAGAUGGGCACCAACAAGGGAGCGUCACAGGCGGGGAUGAGCUACGGCCGGCCCCGGCAGAUCAUCAGCUAGGCAAACCCCGCCGCCCCCAGCCCUCCCCAGCCGGGACCUCCGUCUCCGCUCCCCCCCGGCCCAGCGCCGCCGCCAGUCCAUUGGUAUUUAUUGAGGAGCAUCCGCCCGCCAGCCCCAUCGCCCCGCCAGCGGCCGCACGAGCCCCGCCGCAGCCCCCGCCCCGGGGCCGCAGCCCCCAGCGCCGUGCCCCGGGCAGCCCCUGCCCCCGGGCAGCCCCUGCCCCCCCGGCCUCGCACCCCCGCCUCCGGCCGGUCCUGCCCUCGCCGGCACCCUCGGGUGGGACGGGCAAGCGCCCCGGCCCCCGGGGCCACCGCCCUGCCCGCCGCCCGCACGCCACUGCCGCAGAGAUCCCUGCGAACGGGGAGAAGGGAGAAUUGGCCUCGGUUUUGUACUUC